CCGCACGGGUGCGGGGCGCGCGGCGACGGAAAGUAGUCCCGCGGCGGGUGCGCGCGCGGCUGGCCGUAAACACAGGUCUGCGCGAACCAAGAGCGAGAGAUCCGCGGGCCCUGUGGUGCGGAGGGAGGCGCGGAGGGAGGCGCGAAGGGAGGCGCGGAGGGAUCCGUGGGAGCCGCAGUGCGGCGACGCGCGGGCGGGGCGGGGCCGGGCGGGGCGGGGCGGGGCGCGCGCAGCGGCCGUUGAGGGACCGUUGGGGCGGGCGGCGGCGGCGGCGGCGCGCGCUGCGGGCAGUGAGUGUGGAGGCGCGGACGCGCGGCGGAGCUCGAGCUGCUGCAGCUGCUGCCGCCGCCGGAGGAAUCUUGACCCCCGCGCUCCGGACACCCCGGGCCUCGCCAUGGCUGACCAGCUGACUGAGGAGCAGAUCGCAGAAUUCAAGGAGGCCUUCUCCCUCUUCGACAAGGAUGGAGAUGGCACUAUCACCACCAAGGAGUUGGGGACAGUGAUGAGAUCCCUGGGACAGAACCCCACUGAAGCCGAGCUGCAGGACAUGAUCAAUGAGGUGGACGCGGAUGGGAACGGGACCAUCGACUUCCCGGAGUUCCUGACCAUGAUGGCCAGAAAGAUGAAGGAUACAGACAGCGAGGAGGAAAUCCGAGAGGCCUUCCGUGUCUUUGACAAGGAUGGCAACGGCUACAUCAGCGCCGCAGAGCUGCGCCACGUAAUGACAAACCUGGGUGAGAAGCUGACCGACGAGGAAGUGGAUGAGAUGAUCAGAGAGGCUGACAUCGACGGAGACGGCCAGGUCAAUUAUGAAGAGUUUGUACAGAUGAUGACGGCAAAGUGAAGGCCCCCGGGCAGCUGGCGAUGCCCGUUCUCUUGAUCUCUCUAUUCCCGCGCGCACACUCUCUUCAACACUCCCCUGCGUAUCCCGGUUCUAGCAAACACCAAUUGAUUGACUGAGAAUCUGAUAAAGCAACAAAAGAUUGUCCCAA